CCUUUCGAAAUCUACAGAUCUUCAAAAUCCAAAAGCAUUCAUUCGCUCUUGCAUUCCAUACAUGCCCUCUUUCUGCUAGAAACUGUAAGUCACAAAUUAGUUCUUUUUUCUUAUUUUUCUUCAGUAAUUUUUAGGUUAUACUGCUUUUCUUUUGUGCCCAAUUGGAGUUGGUCCAUACUUGUCACUUGUAGAUCUUCAGGUCUCGAUUUUUAUAGCUGCUGUACAACUCUGUUCGGCUAGAUAUCUUUUGAGAUUUAGCAGAGCCGUCUGUCUAUUAAUCACCCACCUGGUUAUAUAGUUUAUUAAGUCCGUACAUAUAGUGAUAUAGACAAGAUGAGCACCAGCAGCUCCAUUGGGAUCUCUACCGUGAAGCCCUGUUGUAGGAUCCUGAUCAGGUACAGAUCCUCCUCGAUUUUCGGGGUCUCACCCCUGAAAUCGGGCAGCCCGUCUCUCAACAAUUUGUCGAAAUCACAGUUCAAGCACGCAUUCCGCCGUGGCUGCGGUAAGCCAGGGUUCUCGGGUCAUCGGUGUCCGGUGGAACCGGGUCGGAGAGCCUUUUGUAUCUCCGAUUCGAGUUGGGGUCAGUCUAGGGUGGGUAGCUGUCGGGUAAAUGGUAGGAGGGGUCUUUUAGUAAUACCCCGCGUAGCGUCCGAUUUUAGGAACCAUUCUUCGUCGGUUGAAGCUCAUGUAAAUCAGAAGAGCUUCGAGAGUAUAUACAUCCAAGGUGGGUUGAAUGUGAAGCCUCUCGUGAUUGAGAGAAUCGAGACGGAUCAUGGUGUCGCGAAGGAAGAGGAUCGCGAUAGGAUAGAGGCUGAUAGUUCUACUGUAAAUAUAGAUAGUUUGAAAGGGUUACGAGAGAAGACGGCCGAGAGGGAAGUGUCUGAGAUAGAAAAGGAGGCGUGGAAGUUGCUCCGGAGUGCCGUGGUGAACUAUUGUGGGAACCCUGUAGGUACGGUCGCGGCUAAUGAUCUCACGGACAAGCAAGCUCUCAACUAUGAUCAGGUCUUCAUCCGUGAUUUUGUCCCAUCUGCACUGGCUUUUUUGCUUAAUGGAGAAGGAGAAAUUGUCAAGAACUUUCUGCUUCACACAUUGCAAUUGCAGAGUUGGGAGAAGACGGUUGACUGCUAUAGUCCUGGCCAAGGGUUGAUGCCAGCUAGUUUCAAAGUCCGUGGCGUACCUCUUGAAGGAAGUGAUGGAGCAUUUGAGGAAGUUCUUGAUCCAGAUUUUGGGGAAUCAGCCAUUGGCCGUGUUGCUCCAGUUGAUUCUGGGUUAUGGUGGAUUAUACUGCUGAGAGCUUAUGGAAAGAUCACUGGUGACUAUGCUUUGCAAGAGAGAGUAGAAGUCCAGACAGGCAUAAGACUGAUCCUUAACUUGUGUCUAACUGAUGGUUUCGACAUGUUUCCUACAUUGCUGGUCACCGAUGGUUCCUGCAUGAUUGAUAGGAGGAUGGGAAUCCACGGACACCCUCUUGAAAUUCAAGCAUUGUUUUACUCGGCUUUACGUUGUUCCAGAGAAAUGCUCAUUGUCAAUGAUGCAACUACUAAGUUGGUGGCUGCCAUAAACAACCGACUCAGCGCACUCUCAUUCCACAUCAGAGAGUAUUAUUGGGUGGACAUGAAGAAGAUCAAUGAGAUAUACCGUUAUAAUACAGAGGAGUAUUCCACGGAAGCCAUAAAUAAGUUCAAUAUCUACCCGGAUCAGAUCCCAUCUUGGCUGGUCGACUGGAUUCCAGAGACGGGUGGUUAUCUCAUUGGCAAUUUACAGCCUGCUCAUAUGGAUUUUAGGUUCUUCACACUCGGAAAUCUAUGGGCGAUCAUUUCUUCAUUGGGUACCCAGAAGCAGAACGAGGGUAUUUUAAACUUAAUUGAAGCCAAAUGGGACGAUCUUGUGGCUCAUAUGCCUCUGAAGAUUUGUUACCCCGCCUUGGAGUCUGAAGAGUGGCGUCUAAUUACUGGAAGCGAUCCCAAGAACACCCCAUGGUCGUACCACAACGGUGGAUCUUGGCCAACACUUCUAUGGCAGUUCACAUUGGCCUGCAUCAAGAUGGGAAAGCCGGGUUUAGCUAAGAAGGCAGUGGAUUUGGCUGAGAAAAGGCUUUCUGCAGAUGAUUGGCCGGAAUAUUAUGACACAAGGAGCGGGAGAUUCAUCGGCAAGCAAUCGAGGCUAUUCCAAACAUGGACGAUUGCCGGUUUUCUAACCUCGAAAAUGCUUCUUGAGAAGCCAGAGUUGGCGUCCAUGUUGUUUUGGGAAGAAGAUUAUGAGCUCCUGGAGAUUUGCGUUUGUUCGCUCGGUAAAUCCGGGAGAAAGAAGUGUUCGCGGCGGAACGCUAGAUCUCAGUCUGCAGCUUGAUGCAGUGUUUUUUUAUCGAAGAAUAAGGACAACAGAAGGCACCUCUGGCUUGAUAACCUAAUUACAAAGAAGCAACCUGCAUUUUUCGAAGGAAGACGGAUGUCGUCUCACACGCAAAAUGGGUGGGGGAGUACCAGAAUGAAGAUAACUAUUUGGUUUCCUCUGAUUGUUCUAACCAACAUUGCUGUAGAGCAUUUACUUAUUGAUUGUACGACUGAUUGAACUGUUAUGAAGCAAUUGUCUCUAAAGUUCAGUUGGAGAUAUCAUAGGUGGGGCUGUAUUUUCACAAGCGCCACCACAUUUCUAAACCAGUUUAAAGUGCUGAAA